AUGAAGGACAAUACUUUGCGUAGCGUGGUUCAAUGCACACAAAACAGCCCUCUUUCUCUCAACAACCUGUCCUGCCUUGCAACGGCGGCCAUCUUGGGCCCUCUCUCUUUCUCUCUCUCUCAAGGUCGGUGGUAACUUGUCUCGAGGCUUACUUUGGCGCCUUCGGAAGUCAACAUCUAAUUAUUUAAGAGAAAACUCUGGUAAACCUGUCAAGAGAGAGAAGCCCUGGCGAUGACAACCGAGAGAAAUCAGACUGACAGUACAUCUGUACACAAUGCCUGCCCUCUCUCUCUCUCUCUCUCUCUCUCUCUAAAAGCCUCUCCUACCGUGGAAACAAACUAAAGACACUAUCUUCACCCAGCCCACGCUAGGAGAUAUACUUCACCUUCCUGGAUCUUAAUCUCCUCAUCCCCCUUUUUUUGGCUGCAAUGCUGGUCCAAGCAUAAUCACUGGGGAUGGCAAAUGGUUCCGGCAGCUCCUCCGGCAGGGGAGACGGGCUGACGGAUUUCAGGCUGGCGGCGGUGCUCCUCCCACCCCACCGGCGGCACCACCCGUAGUCCUCCGAUUGCCGCCGCCGCCGGCUGCCCUCCUCCUCCUGAUCGCCGCCGUCUUCAGAGAUCUCACCAGGGCUCGACAAUGGAGUGAAGAACUGCUCCAGGGGAGGGAGGGCCACGAAUUUGGUGAAGGUGAUGACGACUCUCACCGUCGGGAUCACCGGGAUCGCAACCUGCAGCACCAAACAUCAUCCGGUCAACGCCGAUGAUCGAGGUCAAAACCCCGUCAAGAACCACGGAGGAAACUAUGGCUUGAUGUGAACGAGCGUCCCGGAGAGAAGCUUUUACUGACCUUGACGGGGAAGGUACCCGGCGGGAACUUGGUGGUGAGAAGCUCCCGGAGGCGGCGCACCGCCUUCACCUUGCCGGCGAGGACGUCCAGCACCGGCAUCAACUCCGCAGCCCGCAGGGGGAACUCCUCCGUCAGCCACACCCACGGCCGCAGGUUCUUCACCACCUCCUUCUCCUUCUCCUUCGCCGCCGCCGCCGGCUUCCGCCGGGGAGCAGUCGUCUCCGCCGCCGGCCUCCCCCACGCCGUCCUCUGCAUCGCCGCCACGUCCACGCUCCUCCUCCCGCUGCCCCCGCCGCCGCCGCCGUGGCCGUCUUCCCUGGGGGCCUCGUAGGAGCUGUGGCGGGAUGGAACCAGGUCGGGGAUCUCGGCGACCAGGAAGCCCUCCUCCUCGUCAUCGUCGAGAUGGAGCUCCAGCGGCAGCGUCUCCCUCCGGCGCCCCGCCACCCACCGCCGCGUCUUGAAGGAGAAGAUGACGUUCUGCAUCUCGUAGACGCGGGCCUUCCACUUCGCCACAGUCUCCGUCUUCUCUUUCCUCCGCCAGUUGGUGCGGGAGACCAGAUCCGCCGCCGUGAUGUCCAGUCCCGGCCGGUACAUGCUAGAGUCCGCGAGGAAUUCGUCCUCGUCGGCGGCGGCCAUGGGGCUCCUCGCCGCCUCGAGGGCGUCGCAGAGCUCCUUCUUCCCGUGGUCAAGGACCAGCAGAGACCCGGCGGCGACGGGGGAGGAGGAGGGAUCGGGAUCGGCGUCCAGGCCUAGUUCGCCGCCGCCGUCCUCAUCGGAGCCGCCGAGGAAGAGGAAGGACUGGUCGGCGCGGACCAGGCGGAGGCCGUCGAAGCCGGCGAGGGAGGUGUCUGCGCGGAGGCUGGCGCCCCUCUUCCAGAUCCGGUAGGUGUCGGAGGGGGCUACGCGGGGGAGGAAGGGGACGACAGAGCUCUCGAAGUGGAAGGAGAGCUCUAGGUAGAAGUCGCGGACCAAGCGGAGGGCGGCGAGGAGGGAGGGGAGGCGGCGGCGCCACUUGUGCCAGGCGGAGCGGUGGUGGUGGCGGAGGAGGAGGACGCUCAGGUGGCGGGGGCGGCCGAGGAGGACGCACUCCUGGAGCGGCGUCCAGCCGGCGCCGUUCUGCAGGGAGGCGUCGGCGCCAGCGGCGACGAGGGAGGCGACGGCGGCGCGGCGGUCGAGGCGGACGGCGAGGUGGAGCGGCGUCUCCCGGCGGGGGACGUCGCGGCGGUCGAGGACGGAGGAGAUCUGCUCGGCGAGCCGGUCCUGCUCGGCGGCGUCGGCGGCGGAGCGGAUGGCGGAGGCUGGCCGGAGGCGGGGGAGGGCGGCGAGGGCGGCGGAGAGGCGCGCCUGGUCGCCGGUGGCCACGUAGUAGUGGAGGCUGCUGUGAGCGUACUCUUCUGCCCUAA